AUGUUUAAAAUGAAGUCUCUCUCAACUCUGUUUCCCUUUGUAGGCCAUGAACCCGGACUUGUUCAGCUGGUGAAUUACUACAGAGGAGCAGACAAGUUGUGCCGCAAAGCGUCUCUGGUGAAGCUAAUCAAGACGAGUCCUGAACUAUCCGAGUCCUGCACGUGGUUCCCUGAGUCAUACGUGAUUUACCCAACGAACCUGAAGACCCCUGUGGCUCCUGCAGAGAAUGGGAUUCGUCAUCUCAUAAACAACACCCGGACAGAUGAGCGGGAAGUGUUCCUGGCCGCUUACAACAGGCGGCGGGACGGCGGGGAGGGCAACGUGUGGAUCGCCAAGUCCUCAGCCGGUGCCAAAGGGGAAGGGAUCCUGAUUUCUUCAGAAGCUGCAGAACUCCUGGACUUCAUAGAUGAGCAGGGACAAGUGCAUGUGAUUCAAAAAUACCUAGAGAAGCCUCUGCUUUUGGAGCCAGGGCAUCGCAAGUUUGACAUCAGGAGCUGGGUUCUCGUGGAUCAUCAAUAUAAUAUCUACCUCUACAGAGAGGGUGUCCUGCGGACCUCUUCCGAACCAUAUAACAGUGCUAAUUUCCGGGACAAAACCUGCCACUUGACCAAUCACUGCAUUCAAAAGGAAUAUUCCAAAAACUACGGGCGGUAUGAGGAAGGGAAUGAAAUGUUCUUCGAGGAGUUCAACCAGUACCUGAUGGAUGCCCUGAAUACCACACUUGAGAAUAGCAUCUUACUGCAAAUCAAACACAUAAUAAGAAGCUGCCUUAUGUGUAUAGAGCCUGCAAUCAGCACAAAGCAUCUUCACUACCAGAGCUUCCAGCUCUUUGGCUUUGACUUCAUGGUUGAUGAGGAGCUGAAAGUCUGGCUGAUAGAGGUCAAUGGGGCUCCGGCUUGUGCCCAGAAGCUGUAUGCAGAGCUGUGCCAAGGAAUCGUGGAUGUAGCCAUCUCUAGUGUUUUUCCCCUCAGUGACACCGGGCAGAAGAUGAGCCAGCCAUCAAUCUUUAUCAAGCUGUGAUGAAGACAGGAGCAUCUCUGCUGAGUA